AAUGGGAGAAGAGUGUAAUGGAGACCAUUGAUGAGCUAAACCUCAUCUCAAAGAGAGUGAAUUUUGGUAAUUCAGGCCAUGGUUGUGAUGUCAAACAUGAUGUCCCGGCCGUGUUCUUCUCGAAUGGGGGCUAUACCGGCAAUGUGUACCACGAAUUCAACGAUGGAAUCAUUCCUUUGUACAUUACCUCCCAGCAUUUCAACAAGAAGGUUGUGUUUGUGAUCCUUGAAUAUCACAAUUGGUGGAUCACCAAGUAUGGAGACAUUCUUUCUCACCUUUCGGAUUAUCCGGCCAUCGAUUUUAGAGGAGACAACAGAACUCAUUGCUUCCCUGAAGCCAUUGUUGGCCUUAGAAUCCACGAUGAGCUCACGGUGGAUUCGGCUUUGAUGCAAAGGAACAAGAGCAUUGUUGACUUUAGAAACCUUCUUGAUAAGGCCUAUUGGCCGCGGAUUCAUGGAUUGAUUCAAGAUGAAGAAAGGGAAGCCCAAGAAAAGUUAAGAAAACAAAUGUCUUCAUCCCCAUCAUCAGAAUCAGAACCAGAAUCAGAAUCUCCACAGAAACAAGAGUAUAUAAUUAAGCAAAAAGUACAAGAGAAUCCAUUGAAGAAACCCAAGUUGGUUAUUCUCUCUAGAGACAAAUCAAGAGCCAUAACAAAUGAAAAUUCUAUGGUUAAAAUGGCUGAGGAAAUUGGCUUUGAAGUCGAAGUCUUGAAGCCAGACAGAACAACAGAAUUGGCCAAGAUUUAUAAGUCACUGAAUGCAAGUGAUGUGAUGAUCGGCGUCCACGGCGCAGCAAUGACACAUUUCUUGUUCUUGAGGCCUGGCUCAGUGUUCAUUCAAGUUGUUCCUCUUGGCACAACUUGGGCUGCAGAAACAUAUUAUGGUGAACCUGCAAGAAAACUUGGUUUGAAGUACAUUGGCUAUGAAAUUCAGAUUAGAGAGAGCUCUUUGUAUGAGAAGUAUGAUAAGAAUGAUCCUGUUCUAAGGGACCCCCAAAGCAUCACAAAGAAAGGUUGGGAAUUCACAAAGAAGAUCUAUCUUGAUAGCCAAAAUGUUGUGUUGGAUCUCAGAAGAUUCAGAAAAAGGUUGCAGCAUGCUUAUGAGUACAUAGUCUCCAAAUCAAAUCACAGCACAGAGUAAAAUUUUCAUUUUGUUCUUUUGUUUCAUUUUACUUCUCUAUGUUCAUUCUUUGAUAUGUGGGAGGAAAGAAAGAUUACAUUUUUUUUUAGUAUUGAGCAUGUUGUGUACAGCAAAAUACUUAAAAAUGAAUUACAGAAUGUGUAAGUAUAAGAGCAACAACUUUCCUUUUUGGUGUGAAUAAAUUAAGGAUUUAAUUUGUGAAUUUAA